ACACACACCCUCACUCUCUCGUCUCUCUCAUCUAGUUCCCUAUAAAUACCAUCCAUAUAUCUCUCUCAAUAAUCAUCUCAUCAACACAAACAACAAGUCAUUUUUGUUGAGAUAUUAUUAUUAUUUGCAUAUUGGUCCCUCAAGAGUUGAUAAAUUAUAUGGAGAGUGGGAAGAAAAUCAAGGGGGUGGUGAUAUUGACGAAGAAGAAUGUGUUGCCCAGGGGCACCAACGCCACCUCUGAUUCUGUUGUUGAACCCGCCGCCGCAGACAUCUCAGGCCAGGAAGUUUCUCUUCAGCUCGUUAGUGCUGUUCAUGGCAAUGGAGUGAAAGGAAAUGUAGGAGAACCAGCUUACCUAGAGAAAUUGGAUUCAUAUGAUAUUAGUACCUUAUCUCCACGCGACAUAGCUUUCAAGGUUGCCUUCGAUAAGAACGAGAGUAUUGGAGUUCCUGGAGCUUUGAUCAUCAAGAAUAGUGGCAGUGACGAGUUCUAUGUCAAGACCAUCACCCUCGUUGAUGUUCCCGGUGAAGGUCACGUUCACUUCGUCUGCAACUCUUGGGUUUACCCUUUUACAAAAUACGAUUAUGAUCGUGUUUUCUUCACCAACAAGUCAUAUCUUCCAAGUGAAACACCUGAACCACUACGUCAGUACAGAGGACAAGAGCUUCUCAACUUGAGAGGAAAUGGAACAGGAGAGCUCCAAGUGUGGGAUAGAGUAUAUGAUUAUGCUUACUACAAUGAUUUGGGUAAUCCUGAUAAGAGUCCAAAAUUAGCUCGUCAAACCCUUGGAGGGUCUAGUAACUUUCCUUACCCACGUAGAGGAAGAACUGGCAGACCACCUACCCAAACAGAUCCCAACUGUGAAAGUAGGUUGGAUAUUAAGAAGAGUUUAACCAUUUAUGUUCCACGGGAUGAACAAUUUAACCAUGUGAAGAUGUCUGACUUUCUUGCUUAUGGACUGUUGUCAAUAGCUCAGGCCAUUAAACCUGCACUGGAGUCUUAUUUUGAUGAGACACCAGGUGAAUUUGAUAGCUUUCAGGAUGUGCUUGACUUGUACAAAGGGGGACUUAAGCUACCGAAGGAAGUAGUUGACAACAUCAAGAAAGAUGUCCCUUCUGAAAUGCUUGAGGAAAUUUUUCAUAUUGAGGCUGGACAAUUCAUCAAAUAUCCUCUGCCUCAUGUGAUUAAAGAGGAUACAUCUGCAUGGAGGACUGAUGAAGAAUUUGGAAGAGAAAUGGUGGCUGGAGUCAAUCCUCUUGUCAUUCGCCGCCUCGAAGAAUUUCCACCAACAAGCAAGUUAAAUCCUCAAGUUUAUGGUAAUCAAACUAGUAAAAUUACUGAAGAACACAUACUGAAUCACUUGGACGGGCUUGUUGUACAUGAGGCACUUAAAAGUAAGAGAUUAUUUAUAUUAGAUCUCCAUGAUGCAUUCAUGCCAUAUCUUAGAAGGAUAAAUACAACACCGACAAAGACUUACGCCACUAGAACACUCUUGUUUCUGAAAGAUGAUGGUACUUUGAAGCCCUUGGCCAUCGAAUUAAGCUUACCACAUCCAAAGGGAGACAUAUAUGGCUCAGUUAGUAAAGUAUAUACCCCAGCUGAAAAUGGUGUUGAAAAUACCAUUUGGCAACUUGCUAAAGCUUAUGUAGCUGUAAAUGACUCAGGCUAUCAUCAGUUGAUCAGUCACUGGUUGCAUACACAUGCCGUGAUUGAGCCAUUUGUGAUCGUUACAAAUAGGCAGCUAAGCGUGGUCCACCCAAUUUAUAAACUUUUACAGCCUCAUUUUCGAGACACUAUGAAUAUAAAUUCACUUGCUAGGCAGGCUCUCAUUAAUGCUGAUGGUCCUCUGGAAUUGACAGUUUUUCCAAGAAAGUAUUCCAUGGAGAUGUCAGCAGUAAUCUAUAAGGAUUGGGUCUUUCCUGAGCAAGCACUCCCUGCUGAUCUCUUAAAGAGAGGAGUGGCAAUCAAGGAUCCAAAUUCUCCACAUGGUCUACGCUUACUUAUAGAGGACUACCCAUAUGCUGUUGAUGGGCUUGAGAUAUGGUCUGCAAUUCAUUCAUGGGUUGAAGAGUAUUGCUCCUACUACUACAAGACUGAUGAUAUUAUCCAAAAGGACUCAGAACUUCAAGCAUGGUGGAAGGAACUCGUAGAGGUGGGUCAUGGUGACAAGAAAAAUGAGCCUUGGUGGCCUAAAAUGCAAACCCGUGGAGAGCUAGUAGAAUCAUGUGCCACAGUGAUAUGGAUUGCUUCUGCUCUCCAUGCAGCAGUAAACUUUGGACAGUACCCUUACGCAGGAUACUCUCCAAAUCGCCCUACAGUAAGUCGUCAGUUCAUGCCUGUUCAAGGUACUGCAGAAUAUGAGUUACUUCGAACUGACCCUGAAAAGGGUUUCUUGGAGACAAUUACUGCAGAGCUGCAAACCCUUAUUGGGAUUUCCCUCAUUGAGAUUUUGUCGAGACAUACUUCAGAUGAGGUGUAUCUUGGGCAGACAGACACUCCUGAGUGGACAGCUGAAGUUGAUACCCUGCAAGCCUUUGAGAGGUUUGGAAAGAAACUUGAUGUAAUUGGAAAUAGAAUUAUGAGUCGGAACACUGAUCCAAAUUUGAAGAACCGGGUUGGACCUGUCAAGUUUCCAUACACUCUAUUGUAUCCUACAAGUGGGAAAGGGCUCACUUCUAAAGGGAUUCCCAACAGCGUCUCAAUCUAAAUGUAUUUCUCCUAGCCAUACUGUGGAUUGCUCUUAUUAUCUGUCUUUUAUUUCUUUAUUAGAAAUUAUAUUUACUUUUUUUUUAUGCAAGAGCUUAUGUCACCACAAACACCUCCAAGUCUUGGUUGUUUGCUGAAUAAUUUGUGUUGACCACAAUACUUUAAGAUGUAAGAAUUUUCCAAACUAAAUGAAUAUUUUGAGUGCAUUUGUAAUGGAAAAACUGACUUAAACUUUGGAA